GUAAUUCAGGAGCCUUCAAGUAAUUUUGGGUCUUAUCAGGGACCUGUAAACAAUCCUUAUCGAUUCCAUGACACCUCCAAGUCCCACCCUCUCGUCUUCUCCUUCGUUGUCUUCUUUUCGACUUCAUGGCGACCACCGCUUUCUCCAACUCCGGAGCCAUCUCAAGCUAUUCUUUGCCUCCCCAAAUCCCUAACCUUAAUUUUUACCCCACAAACCCCCGGUUCAAUUGGUCCUCCAAAUCUCCGAGCUCCGGCCGUUCCGCAAUAAUCCGCCGUCUGAGGAGGUACUGCUCUCCGGUGCCGAAUCCUUCGUGCUCUUUGGAUCUCCCGCUCCUUCCUUUUGAAUUGGAUGAGGUUUUAAUCCCGUCUGAGUUCAAGACAUUGCAUUUAUAUGAAGCAAGGUUUCUAGCAUUGCUGGAGGAGUCAUUACAAAGAAGGAAGAAGCUUUUUGUUCACUUUGUGCUAGAUCCAUUUUUUACAAGUAGAUCUUCAGCUGGAGCGUCCUUUGCUGCUAGAUAUGGUUGUCUGGUCCUCAUAGAGAGUAUUAAACAAUUGGAGAUUGGAGCAUUGGUUUCUAUUAGGGGCAUUGGCCGGGUUCGCAUUGUGGAACUGAUGCAGAUGGAGCCAUACCUGAGAGGAGUGAUUUUACCAAUACUAGAUGAUGUCUCUGGUCAAAAGAGUGAAAUAGACUCAAAACUUUUGGAGUUGAGAAAGUCUAUCCAUAAUCUACAUAGUUUGCAAAUCAAACUGAAGGUAGCAUCCAAAAAUGAGCUGUUACAAACUCGUAUAAAGAAUUCUCUGGCAUGGGCUGAAAGAGAAGUUUAUGAAGAUUGUGAUCAAGCUUUUAUUCCAAAUCUAGCUGAGCGUUUAUCUUUCGCAGCACUCCAAACUGUUUCAGGAAUGUCAGAUUCAGAAUUACUAGCUCUGCAAAGUGAAAAGCUACGAGCAAUGGAUUCAAGAGACACUGUAGAAAGGUUGCGCAAUGGAAUUAAGUUCACUAAACAGAACAUUAACAUGGUUGCAGCCAAGCUUGCUAUUCAAUCUUUGGGAAUCUAGUGUUGAUUAUGCAGGAUCUCUUCAGCCAGUUAAACAAGUACCAAGUGAUCAAAUUUCCAGCCAAAAAGAAGGACCAAGUCUUAUGCUACAUGCUCCCUUGUCAGGCUGCUACUUGGUUUACCUGCCUAGUCCUUUGGCAUUUUUAGGCUAGAAGCAAAGUGAAGAUUAUCAUUAGGUGCAAAACCUUUGCCUGAUGCAUUCCUAGAAAAGCAAGUUAAUGUGGGAGAUUUGGAGUGGUUUGUUUUGUUAUUCUGUACUUUUUGAUAAAAAAAUAUUUUUGAGCAUACCCAAUGGUUGUUCAUUGACUUGAUUCUUAGAUAUGGUUCAACACAUUGCUUGCAAUCAUGGUUGUGUUGAGAUUGAGCAGUAGGUUUGAUGUCCUGUUGUCCUUGAUUGACAAAUCUCUUCCCACCUGCAGGAAUGUUUUUAGUCAGGCAACUAGGAGCAAACAAUUUCCAGUUGAAAAAUGGGAAUACUUUUGAUAAUUUAUGUACAAACUUUGAUUU